CAGCGUCCUCAACAUGAUCGUCAUUAUUCAUUUAUAUCAAUAAUAAUGUUGUCUUAUUUCCUCUUGUUACAGAUAACAAAAAACAACUCGCAAAAUGUCAACAAACCAAGAGUUGCUACAAUCACACCACAAGAUGGCGCUAUUACCAAAAUCAUGAAACUCCGCUAGAUGUCGCCACGAACAUUGUUAUGUGAAGUGUUAGAGUGAGAUAUAAAAUAUUAUUUUGUUAUAAGUGCGAGUGAGAUGCGAGACGGGUCUAAACCAAAGCCUAGUGGCUCCGCGACUGCCCAGGGUUUUGAUGAUGAAGGAUCUUCAGCACCAGAGGAGACAAACGACGAGGAGUUGGCGUCAUUGAAGAAUAUCCUUCGGUUUCCUGAGGAGGUGGCCCUCAGGUUGACAGACACAGAGUAUCAGCUUUUCUACCAGGUGCCCCCAAUCGACUACCUACGCCAGGUGACCUUGGAUCUUGGCGGAGAAGGAGUCCUCGGUGCGGUGAAUGAACGGCAUAUGAUCAGGAGGACACCGCCAUCACACAGCGCGUCCAAGAGUUCGGUCAGAGCUCUCAUCAGGAGGUUCAACGCGGUCUCCGGGUGGGUGACAGAGCUGGUGCUAUCCCACUCCUCAUUAGAAGACAGGAAGGCAGCCCUCGCGUGCGUCCUCCGAGUGGCCCUCACUUGUUGGAACAUCGGGAAUUUUAACGGUGCCAUGGAGAUCGUGGCGGGCUUGAAAUCACACAAACUGAAGUCCUUCUGGUUCAGCAUAUCAGACGAAUCGCUGCCAGCGUUAGACUUCUUAUCAGCGGCUCUGUUAUCAGCCGAGUAUGAGAGGGCACUGGGCAGAGCGCUGGCUAUGCCUGAGUGCCGACUAAUACCUUUUUUUGGGGCCUUUUUACGGGAACUAAGAGAAAUCCUCGCAGCGUCUCCCUCUCUAACGGGCAGUCACUCAGUAGGAGGGACGCCGACACACAGAAGGGAGUUCAAACGAGAUUCUAUGAAGGAUGACAGAGGGUCAUUAAAAAGGGACACAAGAAGAGAGAGUGGGAAACGAAUGGACCAGAGUACAACUACAAGCCCUAUGAGGGAUAGUUGCAAGAGGGACUCAAGAUUAACAGACUCAAAUAAACAAGUGUACAUAGCAUCAUUUGACGAGGAAGGGGAGCAGACUCCAGGCUGGCGGCGAGUAGGACCCGAGGGUCUGGUCAAUUUGGAGAAAGUCUACCGGACACAGGCGGUGAUGGACCACAUAGCCAGCUUCCACCAGCAUCAUUAUGCAUUAGCGAGGAGCAAUGCACCCAUUUUCGGUGAUUUUCUAAGAGCAGCAAUGCUAACAUGCGAAGAGCCGGUCUUCUCGCAUUCCACCUCCAAAACCAACGGGGACUUCGAGAACGAGGCCCUGUAUGAGCUGGAAGGGACAGGGUACUGUCCCGUCCAGCCGUUACCACAUGAUCACGGCGUCACCAUGUUUCCAUUGGCACCACAAAAUGGGGAGCGAAUGGACCGACAUAUUUUACAGAUAAUGCACCAUGGUACGGCGUGUGUAGUGACAGAAGCGGAGUGGGGAGGCACACUAGCACAGCUGCGGCUGGAACGCGCAUGCGCACUGCUCGCCUGGUGUAGGACUGCGCAUCAACCACAUGCGCAACAUGGCGAAACCCCUUCUGAAAACAUGACACAGCCUGAAGUGAGUCUAUCAUAUAACCCUGAAGAAGUCAUACCACUAAAAUACACAGCGAAUUUAGCGCACGAAAAUGAAGCUGGAAUCGUAGGCGAAGAAGGAUUCAUAGACCUCCAAUGUGUAAAAGACAUGCGACUGGGUGGCAAGCUGUUGGAGCCUCGAGACGUGGCUGAACUGACAGCGUGUGCUAGAAGACAUGGUCUCGAAACCUGUUCCCAUGGGCCUCACAUUAUCUCAUUGGUCUACGGAAGGACGCUCAGUGAUAACCGGACUGUACAUUUUGUUUUACCAGCUUAUUCAUACAGAGUAUGGGCAGUAGGCCUCCACUCCGUGAUCAGAGCACUCAUGAGUCAAGCUAAGCUAGCUGACAGGAGUUUAGCGUGGCUGAAGAACAAAUAUACAGCAUUGUACUAUGAAGAUGGGUGCUGCUGUGAGCCUUUAGUCUCGGAUGCUAUACGAGUCUUUGGAGGAAGAGAGUCCACAUGCGGCAGCUCGUCUCACUCCACUCCAGUCAAGGGUACCUACACUGACUCUCAUUCUGACUCGCUCAGAGGGUCUGGGAUCAAAUUUAAGAAAAACAAAUCUACAUCGGAAUUGAAAACUAGUUCACCGAAGAGUUUCGUCUCCACUCAUACAUCGGGGACCAGAAGCGAAGAUGAGGUCAUACAGGGAUCUCCCAGACACAGUUCCUAUUCAUCAUCGAUGAGUCACCACCACUCCUACGGUCCUCGACAUAGCAGUCUGACAGCCGCUGCCACCAGCAUCAUGGCUGGUUCUCCUAAUAGGAGCAGUUUAAGAAGGCUGGAGACCAGUGAAAGAUUUUGGGAGAACCUGAAACAUUUGAGGACUGGCUCCGUGGGGUACGACACGCAACUAGACUUCAUGGACUUUGUCACGCUUUUCAGAAGUUUCAGUUUGGUAAUGCGAUCGGAACUUCGCGAUAUUUUCGACCAAUUAGCUGUACCGAGGAAUCGAUCGCCAUUGUUCGGAGCCGAGAAGAGCCGAAGUUCACCCGAAUUGUUCCGAAGUCGAGGGAUCUUUAGGACAGGUCUCCUAACCAGAAAUGGAUCUUUAGAUUUAGAACCGCCUAGUGACAAAGUGGGUAGGAAGAAGGCAUUCGACCUCCUUGCAGCGGCUGCGUUACCGGGUGCCUGUCCAGAUGUAAGUGGCCGAGUACUAUCCCUGCCUACCCUGGGCAAGUUCUGCGAGACGAGACAAAAUGAGAUCAAGACUGAACAACAAUUAAGAGAUAUUAUACAGCGACAUGAACCAGACCCUGGACUACGAGCCGACAACUGCCUGUCGUUUGAAGGUUUCGUCAGAUUCCUGACGGACAAAGACAACUACGCCUUCGUGCCUGAACAGAUGAGAGCGAAUUUUUUGUCAAAAACAUCAACAUCAUCAGAAGAGGAGGAGGAGGUCCACAAGUCUAUAUCCAAAGAUAUGACUGGACCACUGUCACAGUACUACAUAGCGAGCAGUCACAAUACGUACCUGACUGGACACCAGCUGAAGGGGGAGUCGUCUGUCGAGUUGUACAGCCAGGUCCUGCUAACUGGCUGUAGAUGCGUGGAGCUGGACUGCUGGGACGGAGACGAUGGCAGCCCCGUCAUAUACCAUGGACAUACCUUCACGACCAAGAUACCAUUCCGAAGAGUAGUGGAAACUAUUGCUAGGAGUGCGUUCGUGGCGUCUCCGUACCCUCUCAUCCUGAGUAUAGAGAACCACUGCAGCCUACCCCAGCAGCAAGUCAUGGCCAGCACGUUUGAGGCAGUGUUCGGAGAGAAACUGGUGACGUCAUUCCUCUUUGAAGUCGACUACACUGACGAGCCGAGGCUGCCGAGUCCAGAACAACUUAAAUACAAGGUCCUAAUAAAGAAUAAGAAGCUGCUCCCGAUUGAGUCAAGUCCGACGAUGGGUCUGACUGGGGCCAGCUCUGCGCAAGGGUACAGCGGCGUACUGUCCACGGCAUUUAGGUCCAACGGCAUCCGUCACACGAGCACCUCCCUUCCGGAACAGAGCAACAGGACGAGCUCCAUCAUGUCCAACCAGUCAGCGGGCAGCUCGCUCACUGAGUACUUCUCCGACGAGGACUAUGAUGAAGAUGAUGAGGAGUUGGAUGAAAAAGAAUUACACAAAAUCCUAAACUCCAUGGAGGACAAAUGCGGUCGGACCUCUCUGUCUCUCUAUCAGAGUUUCCGCAGGAGUGAGGGAGACGCAGAAACUACUUCUGGCAGCGUCAAACAUGCUCCUACUAGGAAGAGAAGCAAUCAGAUCGCGAGGGAACUCAGUGACAUGGUGACUUAUGUCCAGGCGAUUAAGUUCCGGGGUCUGAACCCGCUAUCUCCACGAAGUUCAAUGAAACAACCAAGCAACAUUGCCAAGGAGACCGCUCCGGGUAGCAGCUUCGAGUCCUCGGAGAGUAGCGAUAGCACUAGUACGAUAGCACAACAGCCACGGCCUCGGUGUCUGAACGCUCCGGCAGUCCACCACCCCUGCUACCGCUGCUCCUCAGUGAACGAGGCUAUUGGCAAGAAGAUAUGCAGGAAGCAUCCCAUGGCACUGAUUGCGCACACGGAGACACAGCUUGUUAGAACGUAUCCCGCCGGCCUAAGAAUAGACUCGUCGAACUUCGAUCCAGUGACCUUCUGGUCCUGUGGCGUACAACUAGUAGCGCUGAACUAUCAGACUGAAGAUGCGGCCAUGGCAGUGAAUGCCGCGAUGUAUGAGAGUAAUGGAUGCACUGGGUACGUUAGAAAACCCAGCGUCAUGUGGGACCCGGGACAUAUCGCUUAUAGGAGAUUCAACCCAAUGGACAAGGAAUUUGAUGGCAUACACGCUGCCCACCUCACUCUAGCGGUGAUCUCAGGACAGUACGUAGCUGAAAACGUAUACUCCUUCUACAACGCCUUCGUGGAAGUGGAGAUAUUAGGAGUUCCAGCUGACUGCAAGAAGAUCAGGACUAAGGUCGCGAGGAAGAACGCUUUGAAUCCUAUAUGGAAUGAGACCUUUAGUUUCAAGAUCAAUUUCCCGGAGCUGGCGUUUCUAAGGUUCGAUAUAUUUGACGCAGACACAAACUAUAUGCUGUCUCAACGGGUCAUACCUCUGCAGUGUCUGAGACCUGGGUACAGACAUGUCAGACUACGAUCACCAACAAACCAACCUCUGAACAUGGCAUCACUCCUGAUCUUCUCCCGAUGCUGCGAGGAGUUAGCAGGGGAGAGCUGUCGAGGAGACCUGGAGCCUACUUCUCCUCAUGAGAGACGGAAGAUUCACUUCUUAGUGGUGUAUGCGGUGGCUAGACAUGAAGCCUACUCCAUCUUGAAGGUCACGCAGGAUACUACUGCCAAUGAGGCUAUAGCCCAAUGCCUAACGAAAGCAGGAGUCUGCAGAUCAGCUCGAGGCAGCUACGUGAUGGUGGAGGAGGUUCCCUCUCGAGCUCCAACACAGAGAGUGCUGGCUCCUCAUGAGAGGGUGCUAAGGGCUGCAUCUGCCAGACCUGGAGCGAGGUUGUUACUGAAGAGGGUUGGGGAUGACCCAAGCAGUCGAGCGUGGUUGACUAGCAUCAGAUCAGCAUCAUCAGAUCGCAACAGAGAUAGGUCGGUUCCAUCUGAUGAGGAGUCGAGCACCCAGGAUGAAGAGCCUCGGAAGCCACCUGACAGCUUCCUCGUGUGCGUCCAUAAUGUGUCUCAUGAGAUACCAUACGCCAUUCUGAAGAAAGCUGGCAGUGUAGGCCCUUAUCUUGCGGCGAGUAUCAUAAAAACCGAUUCAGGCAGUAAUAUAUUUAACAAUGAUCGUGGCAUGCAACAGAGGUCUAUGAAUGACUUAUACUGGUACCUUAAGCGCGGGCCUGCGGACGGCGAGCAUGGGUGGCUCCCCGUCCGACCAGAAACAGACCCGAGCGUUCCGCGCGCGCCUCUAAGAGCCAUCAGACCACCUCGGAUGGGGCCCAACAGGGCCGAUGCCGAUUCGGAUCUGCCUGUCCCACUAACGGCGUCAGCAUCAUAUGUAGUGUACCAGGCACUAACAAAAGCUCGUUGCCAUGACGACCCCAAGCGGUUCGUGCUGGUCGAGGAGUUGGAGUGGGGUGGACGAGCUGGUACUGGACCGCAGCAGAGGGCUCUAGCUGAUGAUGAAGUGGUGUAUGCUGCUCAGGCUGGCUGGAAAACAUUGGGUAGGUUCGUGCUCCAGGAGAAGGGGAGUACGGCUCCAUUACCCAGACACAGAGCUGCAAUUGCACGGAUACAGCGCGGACUCAGCAUGACCAGGGGAGCUAUAGCAGGAACUACAGGGUUCCCACUGGGAGGUUUCAGCGCGACCGACACGAUUUCAGAAGGGAAGACACCAGUACAGACUGCGUACAGCGACCCUACACAUUGCAGGAGGGUAUCAACAGCGCCUCUUGGUAAAGGCAUCGGACGAGCAAAAGGCCACUCUGACAAGGACAUGCGGAGCUACAUGCAGAAACGAACCAGCUCGAGGGAGGUCCACUCUGAAGGCGAGACGGGAGGCGCCGGCAUGUCAGCAGGGGCAGAAGCACUCGCAGCGCAAGUAGCAAGGUUCAAGAGACUCUCGUUACGGAAACUCAGGGCGUGGCGAUCCUGAGUGUGGCAGGUCUUCCGGCGGCUAGGCACCCGCUUAGCCAACCACAGAGCCUCCUUAUCAUCAGAACUUGGCUCUUUGUGGGACUUCAUCAGAAUAGAUCGGGACAGACGGCGCUCUGCCCCAUCAGCAUCUACCUACGAAGCGAUACAUACCGACACCAGAUCCCCUGUACGUCUUGCCAGAGAUCUUCUCCAAGUGAUCCAAGAAACUGUCUUUUCUAAGAAGUUUGAAGAAUCUCCUAAACGCUGCCCUCUUGUCAAAGAAGAAUCUGACCUCAGCUCUGAUGGAGAAGAAGGCACUGAGAGGAGAAUAGCUAAUCUAAUCGACUUCUUCUUCACUAUAGUCAAAAGUCAGAGAGGGGAAAGAAAAGGCAGUGGGGGGAGUUGCUUCAAAAGUGAGGUCACUCCUGAAGAAACUAAGGAAUUCGUUCCCAGUAAGAUAAAUACUGAAUUAGAGGCUAAAAUGGAGACUCUAAUGGACUUCUUAGCUACUACAGGGUGUAUGGAGAAGGAAGAUGAAGUCGGUGAUAAUAAAAUAACUCUUAUGGAGUUCCUAUUCGGUCCGGAAGACCCGAAGCCUAGUAUAGAAAUUGUUGACGUCGAACCAGGACUCAGCGAAGCGAAUAUCAACGUUAAAGACCUUUCUUACAUAGAUGAUACGCCUGAAGAAGAGGCAGAAACAUUAGUUGAAAUGCUAAUUAAGUACAUGGAGAAUUACACGACGAAAGAUAAAUUUCAUUCGAAAUCUUUAACACCGUCGCUGUCUGAGAAAUCAAAAUCGGAUAUCACUAUAAGUAAACUUGAAACGUUUAGUGAUAUUAGUAAAACUAAAUCGGAUUCGACUCUUACUCAUACUCAAGACACUGUCAUAGAUAGAGGCGAGGAUUAUGCAACAGACAGACGGAUAUCUGAAACAGUUGUUGAUCUAAGUAAUGUAAAGAAUGAUCUAGAAAUGAUAUUUGAUGAAGCUGUGAGUAGAGUCAGCGAAAUAAUGAAGUUAGAAGAAGAGCACGACACUAUGACUGAUCAAGAAGAUAUAGAGAACUAUGAAUCUUAUACUAAACCUCCGAUGCUACCCUACAUACAGUAUCUACCAUACAGUGUAGAGUUAUCAGACAUAAUAGAAGAAGAUGAACCAUCUUCUCGUGAUCUUGAUAAGAAAGACGAUAGAAACACACAAAUAAGACAGGCUGCUGAAGAUUUACUGAACUACAUAGAAGAUAAAGUAGCCAAGCAUUUUGAAGAAGAGGAUUCAGAUGAUGAAUUCGAUAUAAGUUCCAGUUUAAAACGAUCAUCGAUUAGCUUAAUCGAUUUGCGCAAUAUUCCCGAUUUACCUCCAAGCAUGAUUAUAAAACCUAAAGUCGUGAAAGUCGAUAAAUCAACGUCUACAACUGAAAUAUCGGAUUCUAUAUCCGAUUUGUCGAGAAGAAUCGAUUCAGCUUGCAUGACGGAGGAUACAACUCUCACGUCAAGUUCAGAAAAAAGUGCAAGAGCUUUGGAUAAAUUGGAAUCAUUGCAUAAAUUCUUCUCAAGGUCUCGAUUAGAAAUUAUCGACGAAAGCGAAGAACAAUUAGACAAAAUUAAAAAUACGAAACCAGUUAAAACUAUUUCUGGUAGUGACAGUAAUGGACCAGAAUACAAAGCUGGACAAGCAAGUUUAGACGACGUAGAAGAUAUACAAGACGACGACAAAGCAAACGUCGGCUGCGGCGACGGUGUCGUUGAAAAAUCAAACGACAAAGACAAUGAAUUACCCAAAAACGGUGACGAAAUAUCAGACAGUGUCCAAGAAGGGAAAAUGACUAAAAGUCUUGACGAAAUCAAGGAGAUCAGCGAAGAUGAUGACAGUCAAGUUAUUGAUGAUGACAGAGACAUGAAACAAUGGAGUCCUUCACCAGAAGAGAUAGCUGAGAUCAAUGAACGGUACAGACUAGCAGUUAGCGCUGAAGCGAGCAAAAAUCAAACGGAGUCUGAAGAAAUUGUUACAGCUAUUGGUAAUUCUGGGGUCGGCAAUGAACGGAGUCCUUUGAAAUUCGUACUCAGUGAGGUAGAUGAGGCUUUGGAAGAAUUCGUUGUAACGCCUAAAGGGAAAGUGAGGCACACGUCCGUGUGAGAAGCAAAUAAAUACACACUCGAUGAUAAAGUACAAAAAAAUUGAAUAUCAUAAUAAUUGACACAAGAAACUAGACACGAAUAAAGCAAAUAUCAAUUACAAAGAAUGAACUCAACUAGAGAAUUAGUCAGAAUUAUAUUUAACACGAAAUGAAUACAGAAAACAACAAACAUAAUUCUAAAAUUGUCGCUAACGUUGACAUUUUGUAAAUGUAAGGAUCAUUCGAAGCACUAAACUAUGUUAGAGAUGGAAACAUACUGUUGACAUACAC